GAGGCGGACACCCAGCCCUGCGCCCUGGGACCCGCUUCGGCAUCUGCAGGGUGUAGGACCGAGCGACUAACCGUAACCGAUAGCUCCAACCAAGUCAAACGGUGCCAACGAUGACACAAUGGACCCUGGGAGCAGAGGAAGAAUUCACUGCAACAUGAGACUCACCUGCUCUCUGCUAAUCAUGGGAGCAUUCUGUGUGACACCUUCCCUCUGCCAUAGCCAAAUUGAUCCACUAGCUCUUGGGAGAGCAGACCCCCAGUGUUGGGAAUCCUCCUCAGCUGUCUUACUGGAGAUGAGGAAGCCUCGCAUUUCUGACUCUGUCAGUGGCUUUUGGGACUUCAUGAUCUUCCUGAAAUCAUCAGAGAACUUGAAACAUGGGGCUCUGUUUUGGGACCUGGCUCAGCUCUUCUGGGAUAUCUAUGUGGACUGUGUGCUCUCCAGAACCCAUGGCCUAGGGAGAAGGCAGCUAGCAGAAGCUGAACAGAAGAUCUCUACUUUACAUUCUCAGUUCACAGGGAGAAACCAAGGGAUAUUUUCUCAUAUUCAGAGGUCACCAGUUCUGAAGAAGAAAGACUGGUUUGAAGAUUUAAUAAGUAUCCACAUGCAUAAGAGUAGAUCUACAUUACUUGGAAGAAUCAUUGAAGAACUAGGGAAAAAGAGGAAAUGA